GUUUGAAUCCCUGUCACACUGAACAUGCUCGCCCUUUCAGCCGUGGGGACAGGGCUGACAAAGGAGGCAGCUGGCUCGGGUUCUGUUGAAGGUUCUGGCAGUGGAAUAUUCCAAAGCUCACUAGAAAUACAUACUACACAGAGCUUUGAAGUACCAGUGAUGGACAACUUGCAAGGAAACCUGGACCCUCGUAAACAAGAACUUCUUGAAGCUAGGAUCAUGGGAAAUAGAGGGUUUAACUUCUCUCAGGUCCAGGCUGAUCAGCAACGGCUAUCUCAGACUUGUGGAGUAACUGCUCUUCAAACUUCACUUAGUAACACCAGCCAAUCUCAGGGUCAGCCAAUACAAGGCAACAGUUCUCAGAUCCAUAAUGAAGGAUCCAACCUCAGUGCCACAAGUUUAGGAUCCACCCCUAGUGACAAAGAGCCAGAGGGCAACCAACUGAGCUCACCUUCUCUAGCAAACAGUUUAGAUUUUUCAAGUAUGAUUGUUCCAGCACAGCGAGCAGUCCAAGUCUGUCAUAGAGCCAUUCAGACAGAUCUCACUAUAAAUAAGUUCAAGGAACUUGAAAGCAAGUCGGCAAUGGAUCUAGAAAUGAGAGAUAACAAAAUAGAUGAAUUAAAGAGGGCAAGUGAAGAAAUAAAAAGACAAUUACAAGCUCAACAGAAACUAAUAGAAAAACAAAAGGAGCAAAUAAUAAAGUGUACAGAUGUUACAAAACAACUUUUAAUAGAAAAGUCUACGAUGGAGAAAAAACAGUCCAGACAAAGAUGCAUGCAGAACAGGCUAAGGCUUGGUCAGUUUGUAACUCAACGACAGGGAGCGUCUUUUGUAGAAAACUGGGUAGACGGGCAUGCCUUUACCGAAUUAAUAAAAAAGCAAGAACAAAUUGCUACAGAAAGAGAAGAAAUAGAACGUCAACGGAAACUUCUGGUGAAGAAAAAACCAAGCACAGCCCAGCAGAAAGGUAAAAGUGCCAAUGGUAAUGCUACAAGUCUGACCAAUGGUGAUUUUCUUAAACCAGAACCACCAAAAGAACUUAGCUGGUAUGAAUAUUAUGAACAAGAAGAAAUCUUAAAGCUAAGACAGGCAGCACUAAAGAAAGAAGAUAUGGACCUACAGAUAGAGCUGGAGAAACUGGAGCGAGAACGUAAUCUUCACAUCCGAGAGCUAAAGAGAAUACACAAUGAGGAUCAGUCAAGGUUCAGUAACCACACUGUUUUGUACGAUAAAUAUUUACUUUUGAUCUUACUGGGAAAAGGAGGAUUUAGUGAAGUUCAUAAAGCGUUCGACUUGAAAGAACAGAGAUACGUAGCGUGUAAAAUACAUCAACUUAAUAAAGACUGGAAGGAUGACAAAAAAGCUAAUUACAUAAAGCAUGCCCUAAGGGAGUACAACAUCCACAAAGCUCUUGACCAUCCUCGAGUCGUGAAACUUUAUGAUGUAUUUGAAAUAGAUGCUAACUCCUUCUGCACGGUGUUGGAGUACUGUGAUGGUCAUGAUCUAGACUUUUACCUGAAGCAGCAUAAGAGCAUGCCAGAGAAGGAGGCUCGAUGUAUCAUCAUGCAGGUGGUACAUGCUCUCAAGUAUUUGAAUGAGAUCAAACCACCAAUUAUUCACUAUGAUCUCAAACCUGGUAAUAUUCUACUUGGUAGUGGAAGUGUCAGCAAUGAAAUCAAAAUUACUGACUUUGGCUUGAGUAAAAUCAUGGAUGACGAAAACUACAGCCCUGAAUAUGGAAUGGACCUGACAUCACAAGGAGCAGGGACCUACUGGUACCUACCACCUGAAUGCUUUGUAGUUGGAAAAAAUCCACCCAAAAUUUCAUCAAAAGUUGAUGUGUGGAGUGUGGGCGUGAUUUUUUAUCAGUGUCUUUACGGGAAAAAACCUUUUGGUCAUAAUCAGUCCCAGGCAACGAUCCUGGAAGAGAGCACUAUCCUCAAAGCGAAGGAAGUUGACUUCCCAGUAAAACCUGCCGUGAGCAAUGAAGCUAAAAACUUUAUUCGCCGCUGCCUGCAGUACCGGAAAGAAGAUCGAAUUGAUGUUUUCACUUUGUCUGAGAAUGAGUAUUUAAAACCUAAUUAUGGGAAACACAGUCGACAGUCCAGCUCUGUAGAAAAAUCAUAGCACUCUGACUAUGCUGUAUGUAAUAUAGCAACUGUGUAUUAUGUUCUCGUUCACCAGGCAGACUCAGAGUGACUCUAGUGAUCUGAAAUGCAAGUUCAAGCGUGACAACUGAUGUUCGUUGUUUUCUUAAUUGACAUGAACAAUGUUGAAGCUUGACCACUCUAAAGAAAUGGGUACUGAACUCGCAAUAAUGAAAGAUGAGUAUAAAUAAGAAAACAAUUGUUAUCACAAGACCUUCACCAUUUUAUAAUAGUUAUUAAACAUUGCAAAGCCAAUGAAUUUUCCAAGUUCCCAAAACUGUGACAAAACAAAAAAUUAGUGCUGUAUUAUAAGUACUGUACAAAAAAACAAAGAAAUUAAGUUGUUAUCAGGUUGAAAAAAAAAAAUUCAGAUUGUACAGCGCAUAUUUUAUGGAUGAAAGAAGUGCUUGUGUCAUGAUUAUAUCUAUAAAGUUCAAGGUUUUUUGGUUCUCAUGAAAACAGUUGCGUUUCUUGGAGGUGCAAUGCUCACAAUAUUGGAAGUAAGACCUAUCAAACUAGCAUUGUAUUGUACAAAAAGUGUUUCGAUUCAUCUGAUUGUUCUAAAGCAUAUAUAUAUUGUAGUCAUCAUUCUCAUGAACACUUGUUAUGCUACUUGACAUUAACUGUUUUAUUGAGUUUUGUUUUAUUAUUCACUCGUGUCGCAAAAAAAUGUAUUUCUAUUUUUGUCGAUUUUUUGCACCACCCUCUAAUGUUUUACUUUACACUUUAUAUAUAUUAAGUCCUAGUUUUCUAGUUCAAAUCAUUGUUCUGAGUGACUGUAAUUUGUGCUUCAUCAGUUUUACCAUCAAACAGAUUUCAUAAACUGUUAUUACAGAAUAGAAUAUGUGUGUGGAUAUCUCCAUUUUUCUCUAAAACACCUUCAAUACUUGAUCUAUAAACAGGAGUUAAAAUUCUGUCUUUUAUAACGGGUAAUGGCAAAGUUUCAAAGACUGGUCCAAACCAACCCAAGGGUUUUAAAAUUGAUGCUUGAUCUAUAAACAGGAGUUAAAAUUCUGUCUUUUAUAAUGGGUAAUGGCAAAGUUUCAAAGACUGGUCCAAACCAACCCAAGGGUUUCAAAAUCAAUACUUAAUCCAGAAUCAAGAGUUAAAAUUCUGUCUUUUAUAACGGGUAAUGGCAAAGUUUCAAAGACUGCUCCAAACCAACCCAAGGGUUUUAAAAUU